UUUGGUAAGUAGCCUUUCUUGAAUGUUCUUUUUGUCUUGUUGAUCCGUACUUGGUGGCCAAUAUCGAACUUAAAUCGAACGGGUUUUUCGGAUUCUUCGCCGUAACGUUUUUGCCAUACAACGCUCUCAUUAGUUUCGUUCACGUCAACGGGUCUCAUACCAAUACUGCGAUGUCGCGAGUGAUUAUAGGACUUAACCAGUUUCUGGAGAAUGUCCAUGUACUUUAACGUGUUAUUUGCUGUAAAGUAUUUCCACAUUUUCCCCUUAAGCGUACGAUUGAAUCUUUCUACGAUUGAUGCUUUUGUUUCAUUUUGCGUUGUAAAGAACCGAAUACCUUGUUUUUUAACAAGGUUUUAAAUUUUUGGUUGGUAAAUUCCGUACCUUUAUCCGAGUAAAACGUUUCGGGUUUGCGGUGCACUGGCCAGAUUUUCCCCCGUUCUUGCUUUGAUCGAUUCAACCCAUGCAUACUUGCUAAGUACAUCUAUCACGGUUAAAAUAUAUCUGUAGUUAUUAUUGUAUUUUGCUAACGAAUCCAUAAUUACUAGAUCGGCCUCCCACUGUUCAUCGAUAGCUCCUACUAUAACACGGUUCCGCUUGAAACGAUAUCUUACAGGCUUAUGUAGGAUAUAAGUUAUCUUGCUUUCGAAGCCAUGUUCGUAUUUUAUUCCGCGAUAUUUGAUGUUUGCCUUCGCUUUUUACGGCACGAUAUAUAGAAUCGACGCCACCAAAGCUUGAGGGACUUUCAGGAAUGUAAUACAGCUCGGCUAGAUAUUUCUCCGCCAUCAAUAUCUGAGUCCUGUAUUAUAAUUUUACCACCACAACAAGCAGAAAUAUAGCGCACUUUUCGAAAAAUGUUUCGGAGGGAAAUCUUUGGAAGACUUUUACCACAACAAGGCAUAAUCCUUCCACCUCAAAGGCUUGAGCAAAAUGAGCAAGACAGUCGUUAUAGACUCGCAUAUAUAGCGAUAAAAGUGAGAGUAGUUAUUAUGAACAUUUUCCGUUUAUUGACUCGUUUGUAUUUUGGAAUGUAUAUGUUUUGAAAUGCCCCAAUAGCUCUUCGUACGUUUCGACAAAUAUUAUUUUCACUGUAACAAUGUAAACUGACGACAGCUAAAUAAGCAAAGAGUCGUCCAUAGUUUUUAACACAAAUCCCUCUGUAGAGCAGGGGCGGAUCUAGGGGUCAUCAAGUCAGUCGCGCGACUGAAGUAAAAAUUGCCUACUUAAUUAAAAAUAUUCGACUCCAGCUAUCUAUAGGAGUAUAGCGGCCAGUAGAUCGAGUUACUAAAAUUUUGAAUCGUAGUCCAGUUAUACGUUUCAUGCUGCGGCAGAGCUUCGGCAAAGUAAUGUUAGUCAGUCGCAAACAGCGGUCUUACGCAUGAAUGUUGACGGAUUCGGGGGUUGAAUCCGGCUAUCUGAUUGGCUGACGCCCUCAUUUCCAUGGUUACAGCCAUUUGCGACGGAUCUGUGGGGAGGCCUGACGGAUUUGCAGAUUCAGGGGCUCUGUAGAGUCUUCUGAUUGAACCAUUUAAAAAUAUUCUGCACUGUCAUUGGCUUAUAUUUUCGACGGAUUAGCAGCGUGGGGUAUUCGUCAACACGGCAUUUGGUGUUUUAUACCUCCUGAAUGUUUACUAUUUCGAACGUCUGGCAUGUGAGAAAUUUUACUAUUAUAUUUUUACGAGCGAUCUCUGCCAGCGAUAUCUGGAAACAUUUUCGACAAUAUUCAGUUUGCAAUUGCGGCAAACGAUUUAGAAUCUGUACAACGUUUGUAUACGGAGCUUGAGAAGAAUAUCGAUGCUUCACGGACAAAUUCUGUUGACGAGCUACUGAACGGCAAAGUGAGCGCCAUCAACAACACAAGCAGAAGCCUCGCUAGAAAUUUUGGCGCAGAGAGUUACAUUCCGAAGUAUGUUCGAGAUAAGAAAGACAAAGCCUGCACUGCAAUAAGGUAGAGAUUUUGUAAUGAUGUAUAGAGUUUAUAUUAAUUAAACCGAAGAACCAAAGCCGUCGGUGUUGCUAAUGAUUGUUUGGCAUAUGAUAUUUUAAUAUUCGCUAUGCUGUAUUAGCAUAAUUCUCGCGUCAAGAAGCUAAAAUAUGUUUUAUUCAAUGUCCAAAUUGUAAGCAUUUGUUGAUUCUCGUGUUUAUAGUGAAGUUUUAUUUAAGAUUUAUUUAUAUUUAUGUCGGCCUUAUAGAAUACUGUUUGUCCAUAGUCUAUCGACACGGCUUGUUAGACCGCAUUGGUCUGGUGUAACAUGAUGAUGUGAAAUAUUUAAUAAGCUAGCUUGAAAAGCUCAUUGACUGGUAGCCAUUCUCGUGUAACUAGUUUAUUAAGAUUUGACAUAACAUCUUUAUAUCUUGUUAAUGUAAUAGUGUUUGACUUAGUUAAUGAAUAUCUGGUUGUUUUUUUUGCAUCUGAGGCUACUAGCAAUUACUUGUAUAGUUCUGCGUUUUUGGUAACAGAACAGUAUAUUUCCUUAAUGCAUUUGCUGCCAUAUGAUUUUACAAGUUUUACAAUGAUACACUUAUAGGUAUAGUAUCAAUAUGACGACGAUUGAUUAAUCCACAGGCAAUCAUGUUAUUAAAUUGCUGCUGAUAGUAAUAUAGCCAUAAAAUUUUGUAUUGGAAUAGGAUCAAUAUAUCUUUGUGCAUUUGUAGUUUUUCUUACAAUGGAUAAGAAUCAAAUGUUCGUUUGAGUUUAUCAAUUUAAAUUUAACCUAAAUACGUUUUUCACGCACAGUCGAGACCACGUCCAGCGCUGACAACGCCCCGCGCUGACAACGCCCCGUCCGCCAAAAUUUUUGACUGAGGUACGAAAAAUCCUAGAUCCGCCCCUGCUGUAGAGCUGCUCAAAAUCAGAAAUGCACAUUCCCCGAAAUAAAUUUUCGUGUUCGUCAAGUAUAGUAUUGAUAUGAAACGAUAAGUUUUGCCAGUCAAUAUCAAUUUUGUUUCUUUUUAACUCAUCACAGAUAAUAUCCAAAUGAGCCAUCUUUAGGCGACAAAAAUCUGAACAGGAAUAAAGAAAGUACACUUGUAUGCGAUGCUAUAAACAUUUAUUUGGCUACAGGAUUACAGUUAUUCAUAUUUCCUAAGAAACGGAAUGCAUAAUAUGUAUUUAUCAAGCGAUCGAUAAUUAACUAAACUCAUUUGUUAGAGCAUUUACAGAUUUAAAGAACAAGUAUUCUUCAUACGCGUCCUUAGUGUCAACUUUUCCACUAGUAAAUGUCUCUCCAGUUUCUGCUACUUUAUACUAAUAUUGUAGCGGGUUGGUAAACAGCACUCCCAAGUUCUGAAUGGAUGGCGAAUCCCUGGUUGGUUUCCAUUCGAAUAAAUUACAGGCAUCGUUUUCUUUCGCACAGCAGUAGAAGAGACGAUUUUGAUUCGACCCUCUUUCUUGACUUUGCGACUUCGAAACACCAAGCCAUGACUGCAUCUCGGAGAAGGAUUGUGAAAUAUAUCACCCCAUUGCCAAAACGUACACGGGUUUUCUCGUUCAGCGCAGACGAAAAAUGGUCGACCAUAACUGAGCUUCAUCUUAUCUUUAACAAUACGUAUCCUGGCAUGUUUCUGAUGAGCAGGACAUAUUGGUUGAAGAUUACCACUUUUGCGAAACGAUUCUACGGCCUUUGUCAUCAUGUAACUGUCUUCGUCUGGACAGAAAAAGUUACAGCUAGGCUUCUGACCACAAAACCAAAAUGUUCCAUGUUGUGUUGUCGAAGAGGCUGUUGGUUUUUCGUGUAGGCACUCCAUUUCGUUUGAGAGACAGUGAUUAAAUGAACAGGCGCGAUGCAUUGCUUAACGAUUAAUGUAUAGAAAAACUAAUUACCUAUUAUGCGAUAACUAUAAGUUUUGUUACGUAGAUGAAGCUUGCCCAAACUUGCAAGCGUCGUCUCUCCAGUAUGACAAAUAAUUUAAAAUACAUUGAAGUUUUCGAUUUUCUUCCGUUAAAUGCUGUUCUCUCAAUGAUUUCAAUAACAUGGGGUCAUCGAUGCUUUCCAGCUGCUGUAAAUGUGUACGCAUGUUUUCGCGAUGGGUCAUCUUCAAUACUCUUGUUGCUUCAAUAAAUUCGCAUAACUGCGUCCGUUGUAGAAAACAACCAUCUUUUUUCGUCAUCCAUCAUAAGACACCCAUGGUUUCUUUGACUAGGAUGACCGACUUUACAACCGUAGCAGUUGUCUUCGCUGAUUUUAUUAACUUCAUUCUGAAUUGCAUGGAUAUAAAUGGCUUCCAGUAAGUGAACACAGAUGCUUUGCCUUCCAUGUUUAAAAAUAAAAUGAGCUCGAGACAUAAGCUAACGACCGUUGCGCCAGAAGCUGCCCGCCUUAAUGACUUUCGUUAUUGUCCUUCCAUGUGUUCGAUGAAAAUUUCCACACAGUUGUCAUUUGUAGCGACGCUAACAUAGCUACAGCAUUAAAAAAGCGAUUACUUUUGUGAUAGAAAUGUUGACCUCAGUUUAAUGACUUUCUUGCUCAGGCUCGCCUUGCAUAUCAUUAUGACAUCACGUGUGCACACAGUCCUCCGCUCGGCGACGGAUUGGGAUGACGUCACCUUCGGACGGCAUGCAGAAUAAUAUUUUGGGCUCACUUUUUCGAAUUUGCCUUGUAACCAAGCCUGGUCCAAGAUGGCGGCCAUCAGUUGCUAAGCAACUUACCGUCAUUUUUACCGCAAGAAAUUCGACGGAAAUAUCACUUCGAUAAUUCGGUAAACCGUAUUUUUAACUAAAUUUAAAAAGACAAACAAUACCAUAAGACAUCGAAAAAACAAAGGGAAUAUUUUAAUCGAAGAAACGACUCAAUUGAUGUUUCAAGGACUGCGCUAGUACGUUUAAUAGUACUGGCUCAUGAGUCAACAAGUUUUAUAAAAACUGAUAUAUACACUAUAAAAUAUUGAUAAAUGUAUACACCCUUGAACAGUAGAAUACUUUGUAUAGAAAUAAUAGAAAAACCACAAAAUGUAAAUGCAAAAAAAAACCGAUAAAAAUAUCGAGGAAUUUCACAAAUAUUCAAUGUCAUGCGAUUUUAAUAUUUUAUAGUGUAUAUCAGUUGUAUAUAAAACUUGUUGACUCAUGAGCCAGAACUAUUAAACGUACUAGCGCAGUACCUGAAACAUCAAUUGAGUCGGUUCUUCGGUUAAAAUCUUCGCUUUUGCCUUUUCGAUGUCUUAUCUUAUUGCUUGUCUCUUUAAAUUCAGUCCAAAAUGCGGUUUACCGAAAUUAUCGAAGUGGUAUUUCCGUCGAAUUUCUUGCGGUAAAAAUGAAGGUAAGUUGCUUAGCAACUGAUGGCCGCUAUCUUGGAUCAGGCUUGGUUACAAGGCAAAUUCGAAAAAAAGUGAGCCCAAAAUAUUAUUCUGCGGACGGCAUUCGGAAUGAAUACAUAAUGAUGACGUAGGCAUAAUUAAUGCUUUUUAUAUAUAAUUAGGGAUGAAGGUCGUGAAGGAGUAAGACAUAAUGAAUACAUAAUGAGGUUACGAGCACUGCAUACUAAUUACUUCCGUCGCCAGAGUGGGGGUAUCACUACUUAUGUUUUUCAUUAACAGAAAUAAAAAAGCAUUAAAUGUUUCCAGUAAUAAGCCAUUAUAAUAGUCAUACAUAAAUAUUGCAGUAUGAAAAGAAACAAGAUCAUGAAAUUUAAGAUUUUCAUUUCAGCAAAAAGAGAGUUAGUAUGUUCCCUAAAGUUAGAGAAGGUUAUCAGUCGAACAACUUUUUUUUGUAAGAUAAAUAAAGGAUUAAUUGAUGAAGAAUAAGUGUUUCCCCAAAUUACUAGACCAUAUAUUAAAAAGGGAUAAAUCAAUGAAUAGUAAAGGUUGAUACAUAUGUUGGUUCCUACGUAAUGUCGAACCUUGGAAAUGGCACCAAUAUUACGUUUAGUUUUUUGGAGAGACUCGAAAUAUGACUUUUCCAAGUUAAAUUACAGUCAAAUACCACACCUGGAUAAUUAGUGUCAUAAAUUUGUUUCAAUGCAUAAUCGUGAAUCUUCAAAUUAACCUGGUAAUUAAUUCGUUUUCUGGAGGAAUGAAAUAUGAUAUAGUUGAUAAAUAUGAUAUAAUAUUGAGAGAGAGCUUAUAUGCACAUAGCCAACGAUGUACAGUAGCUAUCUGAUCAUUUACAACAGAUUCCAAAGUUUCUAGUUCUUAUGAGCAUAAAAAAGAUUUGAGUCAUCUGCAAAAAGAUUGACAUCUAAAAUGGUUGUGCUAUUUUGGAAAUCACUAACAUAUAGCAAAAACAGAAGAGGUCCAAGAACUGAACUUGUGGAACUCCACAGGAUAUAUACUGUAAUUCUGAUUGUACACUACCUACACUGACGAAUUAUCUUCUAUUAAUUAAAUAUGACUUAAACCAUUCCAAUACCAUACCUCUUAUUCCGUAAUGUUCAAGUUUCUGUAGUAAGAUGUGGUGGUUUACUGUAUCAAACACUUUAGAUAGAUCUAGAAAUAUGCCGCAUGAAUACUGUCCAUUCUCAAUUGCUUUCUGUAUUUUAUCUGUUAUUGAAUGAAUUGCAUGUAAUAUAGAAUAUCUCGCACGAAACCCAAAUUGUUUAUUAUAUAGUAUAUUUUGCUGGUUAAUAAAAUUAAUUAUUCUUUUAAACAUAAAUUUCUCAAGCAGCUUAUUAAAUAUUGAAAGAAGUUAAAUGGGGCGAUAUUUUCCUAAGGUCAUCGUUGAACCCUUUUUAUCAACAGGGAUUUUUCUAGCUAUUUUAAAACUGUCUCGAGUUGUACCAGUAUAUGCAUAGAGCAGUUAAAUAUAGAUACCAAAGGCUCUGCAAAUGACUCAUUUAUAGUUUUAAAAAUACUUAGGCCUAUAGGUAUGCUAAAGGGACCUGUGACUUUAGAGGCAUUUAAUCCAUUGAUUUCUAUUAUUAUUUCAUUAGAUGUAACAUAUUCUAGAAAUAAACUAUUAAUUUGUGGCUCAGGCAUAAAACUUAUUGGGGAAUCUGUAGAGUUUAUAGUUGAAACCAAAUUAUUCCCAAUGUUUACAAAAAAAUCAUUAAAUGCAUUUGCAAUGGAUUUGGUGUUACUUAAUUCAGACUUAACAAUCAAUAUUUUUGAGGCUAUAUUUUUAUUGUUCGAUGAUUUACAACUGAUAAUUUGUUUAAUUCCUUUCCAUAGGUUUUUCAUAUUAGCUGUAUUUGAUGCAAAAUAAUCUCGGUAACAAUUAAUUUUACAAUUUUUAAUUAGGCGAUUUAAUCUAUUUCUAUAUAAUUUAAAUUUAAUGUGAUAGUAUAUUGACUUUGUUUUCAAAUAUUUUUUAUCGAAAUUAUUUUUGGCUUUUAUAGAAACUCGUAUACCUGUUGUUAUCCAAGGUUUAGAUUUAUACUUAAUUUCUUUUUUACUCAAAUGCCGCAGUAGGGCAUAUCUAUCAAUAAUUAUCGACGACUCAUCAUUAAAAGUUUUAAACAUUUUAUUGGCAUCAUCAUUUGCAGUCACAGAAUUCCAGUUGACUGACCGAAUAUCAUUCAGAAGAUUAUCUCUAUUAAAUUUAGAGAAAUCUCUUUUGUAUAUUUUGAAGCCACAUAACAAAGAAGUAAAUUUAUUAAUAAUAAGGAAAUUUGGUAAAUGAUCUGAUAAGUCAUCGAUUAUAUCACCACUAAUAGUAUGAUGCGAUAUUGAAUUGAAAAAUAGAUUAUCGAUUAAACUUGCAGAAUGAUCUGUUAUUAUUAGGGGCGGAUCUAGGGGUCGUCAAACCAGUCACGCGACUAACGUAAAAAUCGCAAACUUAAUUAAUUAAAGUCUUAAAUAUUCGACCAAUAGUCCAGUUAUUUUUUAUCAUGCAGCGACACCUUAUAAUAGUCCAGUAUCUAUUAUCAUGCAGCGCUAGCAAUUAACAUUCCAAUCGAACUGUAGUCCAGUGAUCAAAUUUCAUACGGUGGUUGAGCCGACGAGCUUAGUCAAGUCAAUGACCAGCUGACAUACGCAAAGUCGGUCAGUCAAAAAGUCAAAAUCCAGUAUUCUGAUUGGUCUAGACGCUUAUUGCCAUGGAAACAAGCGAUUUUUUGCGAUUUUGACUGAUCUGUGGGGAGUUCUGACCGAUUUACAAAAGUUAGGGGCGCCCCAUUAGUCGGAAUAUCAUUAAUAUUUGACGCGUGGAAAAGUCUUUCCGAGCGCGCGCUCAUUCGAAGUGUCAUGUUGGAUCUUUGUCGAAAGAUUCAAUUUAAAGAUAUCUACGGAAAAUUCGGAAAUGUCUGCUGCUCCAAACUCCAUUCCUUGUAGUAUUCACGAAACAGUUCAAUCCGCAUUUGCGGUGAAUGAUUUAGCUGUCUUACAAGACUGUUGCGCUGAUCUUGGGAGGAAAAUCGACACUAAAUAUCGGAGAGUUCCAUUCAGUGAGCAGUUGCUAAGCGGCGUAAGCGCCACGAAUAGCACGAACUACAGUUUGACGGUUUGAGUAGAAGUAUUGGCGCCGAGAUCUUUAUUCUGAAGUGUAUUAAGGUAAAUUUAAUGUGAUAUGUAAAUUUUAAUUCGUUUUAGACAGCAUAACAAUAUUUAUAAGCGAGCAAGAUGCGCGCCAUGCAUAUGUAAAAUUGUAACUUGAAUACGCGUAUCUUGAUUUAGAUUUAGCUAUGAAUUUUGAUUUAGACAACAAAUUUGCAUAUUUGUAAUUCUGCGGUUGAAGGACCGUCAGAACUCAGAAGGCUAUUAAUAUAGAGGAUAACCUAUAUAAAUGCAUUAAUGCAGUAUACAUAGGAUAUAAAGGUCAGGUUUUAUAGAUGAUUAAUAUUGAUAUAUGUUUAUUGGAGUAAUAUGACACUGUAGUGUUACUAGUCAAGUGAUCAAUGACUCAACAAGGCUAUUAGGCAACAGAAAUGAUUGUAGUACUAUCAUGAGAUAGUUAAACAUAAUACUAGCAACCCGUAAUUUGAUAAAAUGAAACAUCUUCCACAAUUAUCACAUUUCUGCAAGUGCUUCCCCUUUACUUUUCCCUAUUAAAGGAGCUGUGAGAGUCAGUCAGACUGAUAGUUGCUAUUAUUAUCUCCCAUUUCAUGAAGUUAAUUUUUUGUUGAAGCUGCUUUCAGAGUGAUGCAAAUUGCAUUUCUGAGGUUUAAAAAUAUAAAAUUCCUGGGGGACAGACCCCCCUAGGUGCCUCGCGCAUUCGCCGCUCGCAAAACUAGAUUGUACAUCCGAAAACUUUGACUAACGUACGAAAAAUCCUGGAUCCGCCCCUGGUUAUUAUAGUAGGUUGUAGGAUAUGUGGACUGUAGAAAUAUGAACCCAAAGUAUUGAGAAAUGCUUCAGUAUCUUUAUGUAAAUCAGAAUUCAAGAGAUUUAAGUUGAAAUCAUCCAUUAAAACACAAUACUUAUUCUCCCUAUUUAAUUUAUCAAUAGUUUGGUUUAGAUAGUUCAUAAACUCGUCAAGGUUACUUUUCGGAUGUCUGUAGACAACUCCACGAACUAAGUCAUCUUUUAGAUCACUCUUAAUCUCAAUCCACAGAGCUUCAUAUCCGAUUGUUGACUCAGACAAAUCAUCUCUAAUAGAAUAUUUCAAUUUAUCAGAAAUAUAAAUUACAGCCCCACCAGCAUUUGAUAAGGUCGGUUUGUGAUAGAAAUGAAUAACCAGGUAUUUCGUUAUUAUUUAAAACUACACUAGAGUCUUUAAUUUUAGUUUCAUUCACACCGAUUAAAGAAAAUAGGUGAUCCAUUUCUGUGAGCAUAUGCAACAACUAUCCAAAUUAGCAUUCAAACUUCUAAUAUUAGUAUGCAGGACUGAAAAAUAAUUUGUAGAGGAGCAAUUUGCAAUUUCGAUAUUAUUUUGAAAUUCUACAAGAGUAUAAUCAGCAAAAUUUGUUUGCUGAGGUAUAUUAACAUCAGGAUCAUUGUUAAACAGUAAAUUAUUAACAUUACAUUGAGAUAGAAGGUCUAAGAAAGGCAAAUUAUCAAAGUCGACUACCAUUUUUGUUCAAUAAAAUUAUGGAUAGCUAAUUAUCUGUCUGGGUAAAUAAUGUCAUCUUCUGAGUAGGUCUAUAUCAGUGACUUAUGUAAUUAAAUUCACUGCAUGGCGAAUUUGUAUCCUUUCCUUAAUAAAUAUCUUUUUCGACCACCCCCUUUCGCAUCAUAUUACGACACGAUUUUUCUAAUAUAAAUAUCUCGGCGUGUAUUUACCCCCCUUAUAAAUAAAUACCACCAUUGUAAUCCUCACAAAAUAACCUUUCAAACGGGGGUCAAGUGCCGUCUGAACAUUACACAAACCGAAACAAUCAUAUAUUUAUUCACCGCUUGGCCAAAGAUUCUAAAUUUCAUAUACACAAGAUCUUGAAUAUCUCUUGAACAUUUCGUCAUUUGCUGAACGGCUAUAUGUGCAAAAAUACUCUUUGUAUUCAAGCGCUUUCGUGUACAAAAUUUUGUUUGAAUAGGGCGAGUAGAAAUAUUUAUUUUGAAUUUUUCAAAAUGUCGGGUUUUACUCGCACUUGCGUACAUUUACUGGUUAAGGUCAAUAAGUUAGGUUUACGCUUGAGCGAGCUCCGCUUAAAUAUAAAAAUUUUCAGUUAAUUUCUCAGCUAUUAUAUUAAGCACUAUAUUUAAUUAAAGCUAAGGAUUUUGUGCAUCCUCUCAUCGUAUUUUAAACUGGAUUUGUAUCGUGGUGUAAAGUUAUUUUGGUUUGUUGGAUCGUAUUACUAUCGUAUUAUUAUUGCGCUACAACUGUGAAUUUUGGUUAAUGAACAAUAUCUUUGUCGUCGUUUGUCGUUUUCGUCUGAAUCUUGCUGUGUGAUCUACGAAUCGUUUUGUGGUUAUUUUGUAUAAUUUUGGCGUUAUUUAAUUGUAUUGUUCAUGUAUUAUUCAUUAUAUUCAACAUUAAUUAUUUUCGUCCGUUGGUACUUUUGAAAUUUAAAUCCCGUCUGGCGUCGCUCUCCAUGGCAACAACUAUCUUUUGCAAUGAAGUUUAAAUCAAGUGAAAUAACCUUCAAUAAAAUGCUCAAUAAAGUUUUUGGAUAUCUCUUCUUUCUCAUUUUAACUUUCUGGUUAUCAAUAAGAUCAAAACCAUCAGAAAUUCAACCCAACGACAGAACAUUUCCCCAGAAUAUCUGUAGCAUUUCCCCAGAACUAGUGUCAAUAUCAAAUCGAUUGUGUUGUCUUUGGUCUUCCACGCGCGAUAAUACUUUACGUAAGUCUACUUUCCCUCUCAUGUCUAAUCACAGAUAUGGCCUUCAAUUUAACAUUGCGAAUAGUAAUUUGCACCUUCUCCUGUGUAUUCUAUUCGCUGGUGAUAUAGCAACUAAUCCUGGACAUGCCUGCAUCUCAACUGAAAUUCGUUCUCAAAACAGCCAGUUGAAGAGCUUAGUCCUCAAUGCAAGAAGUUUAAAGAGUAUUAACCGAGAUGAAGUGUCUAAUCAGCCAGUUUGUAAUCUUCAGCGCUUUCAAAACCUUGUAUAUAAUGAAAACUCUGAUGUUAUUUGUGUGAAUUUACGAGACAUGGUUGAAUAAUUCUAUAUCUAAUGAGGAAAUUUUGCAUUCCGGAUUCACCAUUUACAGAAAAGAUCGUAAAGACCGAUACGGUGGCGGAGUCCUUGUAGCGAUUAAAACGGAUUCUUUUAAAUCUGUGAAGGAGUUCUCACCUAAUGGAGAGGAAUUUGAAGAUUUAGAAAUCGUAUCAACUGAAUUGGGAACUGUUACUGACAAGAAAAUUCUAUUUUGUUGUUGCUAUCGUCCUCCUAGUGCUGACCUGGGUUGGAUGGAUAAAUUUAAGAUCUUUCUGGAUACAAUCUGUGACCUCUACGAAAACGUUGUAAUUGCGGGAGACUUCAAUCUUCCAAACAUCCCAUGGAGAUCGAUAGAAAAAGCCGCUGGUAUUAACGAACUUUCCUUCCUUGAGUUACUGGAUGAUCAUCAUCUACUUCAACUCAACAACACUCCUACACGCGGAAAUAACAUACUAGACCUUGUUAUCACAAAUGCUCCAGACCAUGUCAAUGUGACACAGAUAUUGUCUCCGGAAGAAACAUCCAUUUUUACUGACCAUCAUACUAUCUCAUUCGAUUUCUCCGCAUUUAUCAAAAAACCAAGGAAGUCGGUCAGAACUGUAUACGACUAUACGAAAGGUGACAUGGUUGGUCUUUGUGCUGCCUUACGUGAAAUAGACUUAUCUACAACCAUUUUAGAAUCGUGUGAUGACAUUAAUACCGAUUGGAAGCGUUGGAAGGACACUUUUCUUUCAAUCGUUUCAGAAUUCAUCCCUAAGAAGCAAUUGAAAGGUAGAAAUCCGCUACCAUGGAUCAACGGCGAUAUUCUCUAUCAAAUUAAGAAAAAAGACUCUAUUCGACGAAGAUUGAAAGCCACUCCUACUGCACAUCUUCACGAGAAAUACAAGAGAAUGCGUUCUAAAGUUAAACGGUUACUUAGUGACAGCCGCGAGAAUUUCUUCUCCUCGGUUAACAACAACUUUAUUAACAAUCCCAAGCGCUUUUGGUCUGUCCUUAAACAUAAAUCAAAAACUUGCAGCAUCCCCGAUGUCAUUUCAAUGCCUGCAGCACUCAACUCCUCCGAUCAAAUUCACAUUAGACCUAGCGCCACAAGACCAGCUGAAAUAGCCAAUAUGUUCAAUACUUACUUUGCAUCAGUAUUUGCAACAGACAACUUAUCUGAUCAAUCUGAAGAACUAAGUACUGACCCAUUCAUAUCUGAAGUAAUUGUAAACGAACUGGAAAUUGAAAGUUUACUUAAAACCCUCGAUAGCAACAAAGCAACCGGUCCAGAUGAAAUUCCAGCCAGACUACUCAAAGUGACUGCCUCCAUUAUUGCUCCCUCUCUUUGUAAAUUAUUUAAUAAAUCAUUACGUCUUGGCACGGUUCCAGAAGAAUGGAAGCUAGCAAAUGUUGUACCUGUAUUUAAGAAAGGUGAAAAAGAUCACUGCGAAAACUACAGACCUAUCUCACUCUUAUCGAUUGUUUCGAAACAGCUAGAAUGUUGUGUCCUUAUGAACAUCAAGUGCCAUUUGUCCCAGAUCAUCUGCAAGUGUCAACACGGGUUUCUUUGA